GCUGAUUAGUUACAUUAGUGACACUCUUCUCUCUCUAUAAAGAGGUUAUCUUGUUUCCUUUCCCCCCAAAUUCUCUCAAUCAUAAAAGAAAACAAACUCUAACCCUAAAACUCCUAGACAUCUCUCGCGCAUUGUUUUCAACCAUCGUCUGAUUUGGGUUUUUCAGUUGUUAAUUCAUGGGUGAGCGCAAGACUAUUGAACUUGAGCAAGGAUGGGAAUAUAUGCAGAAAGGGAUCACAAAGCUGAAGGGGAUUCUGGAUGGAUCACUGGAGCAAUUCAACUCAGAAGAAUACAUGAUGCUUUACACAACUAUCUACAAUAUGUGUACUCAGAAGCCACCCAAUGACUAUUCUCAGCAGCUUUAUGACAAGUACAGGGAGGCGUUUCAAGAAUAUAUAAACUCCACGGUAUUACCAUCAAUAAGGGAGAAGCACGAUGAGUUUAUGCUGAGGGAGCUUGUGAAAAGAUGGGCUAACCAUAAAAUUAUGGUUAGGUGGUUGUCACGCUUCUUUCAUUAUCUCGACCGUUACUUCAUUGCUCGUAGGUCACUUCCUCCACUUAAUGAAGUUGGACUGACUUGCUUCCGUGAUCUGGUUUAUCAGGAAGUGAACAGUAAAGCAAAGGAUGCUGUGCUUGAUGUGAUUGGUAAAGAACGAGACGGAGAACAGAUUGACAGAGCACUGCUGAAGAAUGUUUUAGAUAUAUUUGUUGAGAUUGGAAUGUCACAAAUGGAUCAUUAUGAAGAUGAUUUUGAAGCGCAUAUGCUUCAAGGUACUGGUGCUUACUAUUCUGUUAAAGCGGCAAACUGGAUUCGAGAGGAUUCCUGUCCAGAUUACAUGAUAAAGGCUGAGGAAUGCUUGAAGAGAGAGAGAGAGAGAGUUUCUCAUUACUUGCACUCAAGCAGCGAGACAAAGUUAGUGGAGAAAGUGCAACACGAAUUGUUGGUGGUCCAUGCGAACCAACUGCUAGAAAAGGAACAUUCUGGAGUUCGCUCAUUGCUUAGAGAUGACAAGUUGGAUGAUCUAUCCAGGAUGUUCAGGCUUUACCAUAAGGUUCCCCAUGGUUUGGAACCUGUUUCUAAUGUAUUCAAGCAGCAUAUUACUGCUGAAGGAACAGCCUUGGUCCAGCAGGCAGAAGAUGCAAGUAGCCAGGCUGCAAAUGGUGGUGUUCAGGAACAAGUUCUCAUUCGAAAGAUAAUUGAGCUGCAUGAUAAAUACAUGACUUAUGUGACUGAUUGUUUUCAAAACCACACCUUGUUUCACAAGGCCAUGAAAGAGGCUUUUGAGAUUUUUUGCAAUAGAACAGUUGCUGGGAGCUCUAGUGCUGAACAACUGGCCACCUUUUGUGAUACUAUCCUCCGAAAGGGGGGAAGUGAGAAACUAAGUGAUGAAGCCAUUGAAGAAACACUGGAGAAGGUGGUUAAGCUGCUUGCAUAUAUUAGUGACAAGGACCUUUUUGCUGAAUUUUAUCGGAAAAAGCUUGCCCGUCGUCUUCUUUUUGAUCGAAGUGCUAGUGAAGAACAUGAAAGGAGUAUUCUUUCAAAAUUGAAGCAGCAAUGUGGUGGUCAAUUUACCUCAAAGAUGGAAGGAAUGGUCACAGAUUUGCAACUGGCAAAGGAACACCAGUCCAGCUUUGACGAGUAUAUUGGCAAUAACCCAACCACACAUCCUGGGAUUGAUUCGCAAGUUAGUGUUCUCACAACUGGGUACUGGCCAAGUUAUAAAUCCUCUGAUAUCAACCUGCCUGCAGAAAUGGCUAGGGGAGUGGAAGUUUUCAAGGAGUUCUAUGACAAAAAGAGUAAGCACAGAAAACUUACAUGGAUUUACUCGCUGGGAUCUUGCCACAUUAAUGCCAGGUUUGACCAGAAACCUAUUGAGCUGGUUGUGACAACCUACCAGGCUUGUCUCCUGAUGCUUUUUAAUACUUCAGACAAGCUUGGUUACCCUGAGAUUAUGACUCAGUCAAACUUGAGCGACGAUGAUUUGCCCCGAUUACUUCAUUCCCUGUCAUGUGGAAAGUAUAAGAUCCUUAGCAAGGAACCAAACACGAAGACUGUUACCCAAAAUGAUUCCUUUGAGUUCAAUCGCAAGUUCAAUGACAGAAUGAGGAGGAUCAAGGUUCCUCUUCCACUUGUUGAUGAAAGAAAGAAGGUUGUUGAAGAUGUUCACAAAGACAGACGGUAUGCAAUCGAUGCUGCAAUUGUGCGCAUCAUGAAGAGCCGGAAAGUUUUGGGUCAUCAACAGCUAGUCAUUGAGUGUGUUGAGCAAUUGACUCGCAUGUUCAAGCCUGACAUUAAAGCUAUCAAGAAGCGAAUAGAAGAUCUGAUAUCCCGAGACUAUCUAGAAAGAGACAAGGAAAACCCAAACAUGUUUAGGUACCUGGCUUGAUUUUUGCUUAGACGGAGCUGAAAGGCAGUGUACAAUUAAUUACAGUCAUUUCGGAUUAAUUGCUGUAAAUGGCGUAGUUGCAGUGCCUUUAGUGAUUACAAAAUGGAGAAUAUAGGGUUAGAAUUUUUGUACAUCCCCCCCUCCAUGCAGUUUUGCGCAAGUGGUCUCAUCUAACCACGGUUACUGAAGAUUAAUAGAAGGAAUAAAGCUACCUAUCGGCACAAAGCUUGUUUGAUGCUAUAUUCUAUUUUGCAUUUGCAAUUACUGCAUUAUCUCCGUUGAAAUAUGGGAUCAUCUCAUUUAGCUUUG